GGAGAAUAAAAAGCUAAAUAACAACUAUACACGUGUUUGAUUUUGAGAGGAGAGGAAUAUAAAAGAAUCACAGAAUUUGUUAAAUAGAACAAUCCGGAAUAUGCUUACGUGGCAUUCGAUUAUUGAGGCGUGGAAUCACUGGAGUCCUUUCACCAAAUUGACUCUUGGCCGUUACAGCGCUGCCGUCGCGAUCGCUCAACAGCAGUAGCACCACUCGACGAAGAAGCUCACAAAUUAAAGCAUAUUAUGGGUCUCGUAGAAGAAGCUCACAACGUCCACGUUGUUGGUUCAGGCCGACAAGUCGUGGUCUUAGGCCAUGGGUUUGGAACCGACCAGUCGGUUUGGAAGCACCUCGUCCCUCAUCUAAUCGCCGAUUACCGAAUCGUGCUGUUCGAUAACAUCGGCGCUGGAACCACCAACCCCGAUUACUUCGAUUUCGACAGAUACUCCACGGUCGAGGGCUGGGCUUACGAUCUCCUCGCCAUUUUACAAGAGCUUCAAAUUACUUCCUGUAUUUUCGUCGGCCACUCACUCUCCGCCAUGAUCGGACUCAUCGCCUCCAUUAUUCGGCCGGAUCUUUUCGUUAAGCUCCUUUUGCUCUCCGCCUCCCCCAGGUAUCUGAACAGCGCGGAGUAUUACGGAGGAUUCGAGGAAGAGGAUAUACAGCAGAUACUGGACGCGAUGCGGUCGAAUUACGAAGCGUGGUGCGCGGGGUUCGCGCCGCUGGCAGUGGGCGGGGACAUGAAAUCGGGGGCGGUGCAAGAGUUCAGCCGGACGUGUUUCAACAUGAGGCCGGACAUAGCGUUGAGCGUGAUGCAGACCAUAUUCGAGAUCGAUACCAGGCCAUUGUUAGGGCUGGUGACGGUGCCGUGUCACAUCUUGCAGAGCGCCAAGGACAUGGCGGUGCCGGUGGUGGUGGCCGAGUAUCUGCACCACAAUAUCGCCGCCAAGUCCAUCGUCGAGGUCAUGGAAUCGGAGGGCCACCUGCCUCAGUUGAGCUCGCCGGACAUUGUAAUCCCGGUGAUUCUCAAACAUGUCCGUCAUGAUAUUGCAGUCUGACUGACUGAGUCACACAUAUAAUUGUGGGUUCCAAAACAUUUGUUGUUGUUUGUAGGUUUGAGGCUUUUGGUCGUUUGGGUGAGAAUUCGGUGGUAUAUGGUUUGAGCUAUGAUAAUUCAGUAUUGUCAGCACAAAAUACUGAAUUAGGUCCCUUACCCGGACCAAAGUAUUUUUCAUUUUUAUUUUAGUUCAUCAAUUAAAACAUAAUAAGUUAAUUUUAGUUCAUAAUCAAUUCAAUAUAAUAAGUUAGAAUA